AUGGAUAUCUCAUCACCCGUUCACCCGUUCGCCCUCAGUAACCACCAGGAAAUCUCCAUUCGACAAGCUCUGGCGGCCCGAAACCUCCGUCUUGAGCUAGACGGUAUCCCAAGAACUUUAUGGGGGAGGGAGACUGUCUUCCAACUAGACCCAGCCAGCAUACAGCUGUCUCGAUGGUCCGAUUUCAGCUUUGAGGUCCUGUCGACUGCCUACCGUGACGUUCUCAUGGCUUCGGUGGCUCCGCCCGUCGGGGUUCGGCAAGCUCCUGCUCAGAUCAAGGACACCGAUAGCAUCAGGCACAUGUUCCAGCAACAUGUUGCUCCCCGCCUCAAGAACCCCAUCGACAAAGGGUUAGAAAUCCUGCGAGACCGUCUCCGUAGCCCCGUCAAAGCUGUUGAGAUCGUCCCAGAACACCGGCUUGUGAGAAAUCGCAAGUCGGCGAUAACCUUUCGGGAUGAGGAUAGUGGAAAUCUUCUGGUGGUCAGUUGUGUAUUGCACGCCAGCACGUGGCGUUCGAGUGUCUUGCUUCUGCCCGCGGAUGAGUACACACUCCUGCCGAUCUGCCGUAUCGCCACCAAUUGCCUCUUUUCCAAAACUCGGUACGGAUUCAUUCUCUCAACUGAUGAAGUUGUCGUCGUCCGUGUGAGUGGUACACCCGGCGAAACAGGCCUGUCCGACUCAUGCCUUGUGGAAUGGCAAUCAGUGCCAUGGAGUGCUGAAGGGCCUGGUGUUUUGACUGUCGCCAUGGCACUCUUCUGCCUCACCAUGAUGAGCUUGCACCCCCAACACCAGUCAGUCUGUCCUCCGGGCGCUGCUCGACCCCUCAACUUCUGGUGGAGGAGCCAGAGCCCGGUGAGAGCGCCGACGUAUGCCCACCACCUGUCUCUGCAAGAAUCCCAUCUCCCAGCCGGCGCCGCUGUCGAGGAUUGGCGUCCGAUCUGA